GAACUCGCGCCUGGUUCUGCUUCUUCGUUCCCUCUACCUGCGCCGCGCCCCUCCACGCUUCCCCGUUAGGGUUCCGUCCCGUCUGACGUCUCCAUCUACCACUACGCGUCUCUGAAGGCUCCUUAUUCCCCUUAUCUGAGGGUGUGGCCAGGUCGGCGGUGGUUGGUUCCGCGAAUCCCCGGCGAGCUCCGCCCCUUGCGGUGCUCUUCGGUCAUCGAUCCCUUCGUCUCCACCGUCUUCUGAGGGAUUUUGUGGCGUGGGGAUUUUGUGGUCGUCUGAGGGAGCGCUAGGAUUUACCUUCUUCAUAUCAGACCAUUCCUGCUUCGUUUGGGGGGGUAGCCGAGGCUCCGGCCUCGGCGGCUUGCAAAGCCCCCAUCUUGACAUCGAGAUCUGAAGUAGCGUCCUUUUUCCCUUUGUUUGCGGCUACUACCGGGAAGAGAUGCCGGCCUUCACGUGCGUCGAUGCUGCAGUGCCACCCCAUGGCUACGCCUUUGCGUGGGACGGCGCUCUUCCCGCGCAGGGGGCAUUCCCCGGCGACGCUUCGACGACGGCGGAUGGCCCCACCGCCGACUUGUCCUCCCCGUGGUCCACUGACCUCUCCGCUAAGCUCUACCGGAUCGAUGGAUGGGGUGCGCCCUACUUCUGCGUCAAUGCUUCCGGCGACAUCUCUGUCAGGCCGCACGGCGCCGCCACCCUCCCCCACCAGGAGAUCGACCUGAUGAAGGUGGUGAAGAAGGCCUCCGGCCCCAAGUCCGCCGGCGGGCUCGGUCUCCGUCUUCCACUCCUCGUCCGCUUUACUGACGUCCUCAAGCACCGGCUUGAGUCCCUGCAGCAGGCUUUCGACGUCGCCAUCCGAUCCAAUGGCUACGGCUCCCGUUACCAGGGGGUCUACCCGGUGAAGUGCAACCAGGAUCGGCACCUCGUGGAGGACAUCAUGGAGUUCGGGGCGCCAUUCGACUUCGGCCUCGAGGCCGGGUCCAAGGCCGAGCUCCUCCUCGCCAUGACCUGCCUGACGAGGGCGAGGCCCGAGGCAUUCCUCAUCUGCAACGGAUACAAAGACGAGGAGUACAUCACCCUCGCCCUCAUCGCCCGGAGCAUGGAUCUCAACACGGUGAUCGUCCUGGAGCAGGAGGAGGAGCUUGACACGGUCGUCGAGACCAGCGAGAGGCUCGGCGUCCGGCCGGUGAUUGGCCUCCGGGCCAAGCUCCGCACCAAGCAUUCCGGCCAUUUCGGAUCCACCUCCGGGGAGAAGGGCAAGUUCGGGCUGUCCACUGCACAGAUCCUCUCCGUCGCCCAGAAGCUGCAGCGCCUCGAGAUGCUCGAUUGUCUGCAACUCCUGCAUUUCCACAUCGGCUCUCAGAUCCCAUCCACAGCGCUGCUAUCCGACGGGGUCGGCGAGGCCGCCAAUAUCUACUGCGAGCUCGCAAGGCUCGGGGCGUUGAUGCGUGUGAUCGACAUCGGCGGUGGCCUCGGUAUCGACUACGAUGGCUCUCGCUCUGGUGGCUCGGACAUGUCGGUGGGCUACGGCCUCGAUGAAUACGCCAAUGCUGUGGUCCGGGCGGUUAUGCUCGCUUGUGACCGGAAGCAUGUGGGCCACCCGAUCAUUUGCAGCGAGAGCGGCCGGGCUCUCGUAUCCCACCAGUCGGUGCUCAUCUUUGAAGCGGUCUCAUCCACCAGCACUAAGUCUGAGGCAUCGUCGUCGAUCUGGCCUAACCACGCGUGCCUUCUUGAUGAGCUUGCGGAUGAUGCUCAUUCUGAUUACCACAAUUUGAUUGCCGCUUCCCUCCGCCGCGAGAACGAGACCAGCGUUCUAUAUGCUGAGAAGUUGAAGCAGAAGUGCGUCGACCAUUUCAAGGACGGCAUUCUCGGCCUCGAGCACCUGGCGGCUGUCGAUGCUGUCUGCGACCUUGUGUCGAAGGAGUUCGAUGUUGCCGAUCCGGUGAAGACAUACCAUGUCAACCUAUCGCUUUUCACCUCGAUUCCCGAUUUCUGGGCGAUCGGGCAACUCUUCCCCAUUGUUCCAAUUCAUCGUCUUGACCAGCGGCCGGUGGUCAAGGGGAUUCUGUCGGACCUAACAUGCGACAGCGACGGGAAGGUCGAUCGGUUCAUCGGGGGGCAGUCGAGCCUCCCGUUGCACGAGCUCGAGAGGGGCGGCGGGGCGGGCGGAUACUACCUGGGGAUGUUUCUGGGAGGGGCUUACCAGGAGGCGCUCGGCGGGCUGCACAACCUCUUCGGGACGCCGAGCGUUGUGCGGGUGUCGCAGGCCGACGGGCCGCGCUGCUUUGCGGUGACGCUGGCGGUGCCCGGCGCGUCGUGCACGGACGUCCUGCGAGCGAUGCAGCAUGAGCCCGAAGUGAUGUUCGAGACACUCAAGCAACGCGCGGAGUGCGCGGGCGGGGACGCCGUGUCGUGCGCCCUCGCCCUCGCCCACUCCUUCGACACCAUGCCGUACCUGGUCUUCGACGCCAACGGCGGGUACAGCGUCGUCUCCGGCGGCGACGAGGAGGGCACCGAUGGGAUGAGCAGCUACUCGGACGGGUGCGGCGAGGAGGGAGACCAGGAGUGGGAGUCCAUGCGAUGCUUGAGCGUGUGAAGGGGCGGUCAAGGUUGGCUAGCACGCUACAAGUCGGAGCGUUUCAUUGUUCUGCUGCCGUUUGUUUUAAGAUUCCAAGUCUACUUUAAUAUUCGUGUCCUCCUUUUUAUCGAAUAGAUUUUAUCUUUCCAA